AUAAUUUACGAUUGCACUUUCACAUGGUUUUAAAUACCAUAACAUCUUAGUGUUAUACAUUUGUCCUGGAAAAUGCAGUGCAAAUUAUGUGUUCAAUCAGAUUAUCCUUAUCACUACUACAAAGUACACAGACCAGACGUUUCGGAACCAUAUGUAUCCCCACAUGUAAACAGACAGUCAGUCAUAAUUGAUUCCAAGACAGGGGCUCGUAGAUCACCUUUCACAACUCGGCUUACUCUCAAGUUUUCUGACGUACGCACUAUGAAGAAUUUGUUUGAAAAAGGUUUGGAGACUUCACGCUUUCAACCCUGUUUAGGACGACGUUCUAGUCCAAAUGAAAAAUAUACUUGGUUAACGUAUAUAGAAGUAGAUGAUAAAAUACAGGCAUUUGGAUCAGCUUUAAUGAAAGUUGCUUCUCAUAUUCCAUGGAGUGAUAAUUGUGUUGGUAUUUUUGGUCGGAAUUCACCCGAGUGGUUUAUUGCGCAGCACGCCUGUGCAGCCUAUGGGUUUCCAAUAGUUCCUAUCUAUGCAACUUUAGGUGAUGAAGCCAUGCAACAUAUCCUUAAGCUAACUGAACUACGUGUUGUUGUGUGUGACUCGGGUGAAGAAAUAUGCCGUAUCUUAGAACAAUCCUCGUCCUUCAUCAAUUUAGUAAUUGUAGUAAAUGAUGGUCCUAAAGUCGCAGAAGCCAAGGUUCGAUUUUCAUCAAAUGUGAAAAUCUAUUUAUUUGAUGAAUUUUUAGCAAUUGGAAUUAAAUAUCAUAUUCCAAAAACUGAUCCUAAACCAGAUGAUUUAUAUAUGAUUUGCUUUACCAGUGGAAGCACAGGUUUACCAAAAGGUGUGAUGAUCGAACAACAACAAAUUGUCGAUGCAGUCUUUGGAAUCAUUGAAAAUACUGAAGAGAAGUGCUGUAAUAAAUUUUCAACGCAUCUUUCAUAUUUGCCAUUUGCUCAUAUCAUGGAGCAAGUAAACUCUUCUGUUGUCAUUCUCGAAGGAGCUAAAAUUGGGUUCUUGACAAGUACUGUCGAUGGACUACUUGCUGAUUGUGAAAGUCUAAAGCCAACUAUAUUAACUGCUGUUCCACGUGUUUUAUUCCGUAUUUAUACCAAGUAUUAUGAAGCCAUUGAAGGAUCAGCUCUAAAAACUCGUUUGGUUAAUCAUGUAAUAAAGCAGAAGCUUGGCGAGCAAAAACGGGGGAAAUUUAAUCAUCAAAGUAUUUUGGACACGCUUUGCUUUAAAAAACUUCGCCAAGCUCUUGGUGGACGUAUUUGUGGAAUAAUAACAGGCGGUGCUCCUUUGAUGCCCGAAAUUACACAGUUUUUGCGUGCUGUAUUUAAUGGACUUGUUGUCGAAGGCUUUGGUUGCACAGAGACUAUGGGAGUUGUAACCGUAUCUUUAGUCGGAGAAUUUCGUGUUGGUGCUUUGGGCGCAGUCGCUUAUGGUGUAGAAGUCAAAUUGGCCGACGUAUUAGAUUUAGGUCUUGUUGUCAAAAGAGAUAAUCGAGGAGAGAUAUGUGUGAAAGGUAAGCGAUGCACGAAAGGUUACUACAAAGAUCCUCAAAAUACAGCGCUGCUAAUUGACUCAGACGGUUGGUUACAUACUGGAGAUAUAGGAGAAUGGACCCCAGUAAGGAUAUCAUUUUUUUAAUGCUAGUAGUCAUUUUAACUUCUGUAUGACGUUUUUUCUUAGCAAAUCUAUAAAAAUGAUCACCUCAUGUUAUGAUUUCUCUUACUGCGACCCAUCUACUCUUAGUGCUUAGUAAUCUUGGACAUCAUUUCACUCGACAAGUCUCCGAAUCAGAACUUGGUUGAACAGGAACGUAAUUAUAUUCCAAAUAACAAGGUUGGAUGGAAGUGAGAAUCACAAUCAGACGAAAGAAGGUUCAUUGAUGUUGGUUGAUCGCGUUAAAAGUAUUUUCAAGUUGGCUCAAGGUGAAUAUGUGGCUCCAGAAAAACUGGAGGCACUUUAUCAAAGUUGUAGUCUAAUAAGUCAAAUUUUUAUUGAUGCCAAUCCUAAAUCCAUUUAUCCUGUAGCCAUAAUAGUUCCAAACUUCGAGGAAUUACGUGAAUCACUUAGCAAAACAGAUCACGAAUUGGUUAAGUUAUCCGAUCAUGAUUUAUGUCAACAUGAAUCUGUCCAUCGAAAAUAUCUAAAUGUUUUGGAUCAAAUUGCCAAUGAAAGAUUUCUGAAAGGAUUUGAAAAAUUGAAGAAAAUCCAUCUGACUGAUGAAACUUUCACAAUAGAAAAUGGGUUGCUCACUCCAACACUCAAGAUUUCCCGAUAUAGAGCCAGAAAGCUGUAUUCCGAAGUUAUAGACAGAUUAUGUGACGAAGUUAUGGCUACAGAAAAUCAUAAAUAGGAUGAGAAUUAAAAACUGGUAUACUUGACACGAACGUUAUUAUAUUCAUCAUAUGUUCCUUGUAUAACUUCAUAACUUUUCGAUAUAUGAUUAUUUUCAGAAUACCAAGUUAUAUCAUUAAUUUUUCUUGAAUUCUGGUUUUUAUGAUGGUCUCUGUUCUGCUUGUUUAUUUUUUCUCUAAUGUUCUGUUCGGUAUUCAUAUAACUAAUAAUAAAUUCUAGACAAUAAUGAUGAUGACAUAAACUGACAUUAAAUUUGCUGACUUCUGGAAUUCUUUUGCUCAAAUAAUAUUAUUUCUCUGAUUUUUUCGAAGUAUUUUUAUUUACUUCCUUUCUAUUAUGGACUUGUAUGAAAGAAAAGAUUUUUCGUAUUCCUUACUUUUUAUCUAAUUUCAAUAUUUGCAAACAUUUGUUGUCCAAUGUUAUCCUCCUCCGAAAGUUGUUGUUUAUUAUUUAUAUUUUGUCUGAAGAUAUGAUUGUAGGCUGAGAAAACUCGACAUUUCUCAAUUGCUAAAAUUCCCCUUAGUUAAGUACCAACUUUGGAAACUCAUAUUGUCGUAAACGAAGACGCGUAGUGGGGAGGAACAUCUUAUUAUUAAAUGCAAAAUUACAGAGUUCUUUGGUAAAAUAUGAAAAUCAUACAUUGUAUACUACAUUUGCAUAUCUUUCUUCAUUUGUCUCUUGCAAAUUUCAUCAUUUCUGUUAUUAUUACAAUUGCUCUCUUUUUCAUUCGAGUUUUCUUCUAUUGUCUUUCCCAACUUCUGCUGCCAGGCAUUCCACUUCUGAUUGAUGUUACAUACUACUUAUGUACGUCGAUAUAAGUAGCAUACACCACUAUACAAGUAGUAAUCAUGAAGGGAUUCUUUGGAAAUUAGUCUGUAAGUCAUAUUCUUCAUGGGUUGAUCUCAGUAGGAGUGCCAUUGGAAGCCAGGGAGAACUGGAUAGUUUCUCCUUUCUGUUUUGUGACUCCUCAUCAGUGAACAUCCAUGACUCUCACUCUUUAGGAUCUCCUGAGAAGUCUUAAGGUGCUCUCGUCGAUCCUUAGUACAACUACCCACUGCUGAAGACGACAAUACUAGGGGGGAAUAUCUCACAAAUGAGAUCAACAUAUACUGAACAUCAUGUGCAAAAAUAAUUAAACUGGGAAAGCUCCUUUGAUGGAUUCCUUCAUUCUUUAAUUAAUAAGUUUAGCUCUUUAAAGUCCUCGUUUUCUUGCAUCGCUUGUCAUUAAAUUUCAGACUAGCGGUAAUAGAAGAGUUCUCUGUAAAUAUUAGGACAUACAGUUUUGCAAAACUAAUUAUCAUCGCACUAUCAGUACCUAAAAAGCCUUUUGUUUGGAACACAUAACUUAUCCUAGCAGCAUACAAAUUAACGAUAUCUAAGUAGUAACCUCUAUCAAAUAGAAAGUGCUUAACUAGGCUGAGGAAUAUGGCUAAUUAUCGGUGUUAUCAAAAACAAUGUAGCGAGUACUAUAAGAUUGAAAUGCAAAUGAUCAUUAUGAUUUAUAAAUGUAUGUAAUAAAUAAUAAAUAAAAUAAAAUGCGAACUCGUUUUAGUCCCUUUUGAACCAUACUAUUACACAUGGUUAUUUCUGUUGAUUCCAAUUAGAAACUUAAAGACUCCAGCUCAGCUACUUUAAACUUUCUACAUGAUUUGAAUUAGCAACCACAAUUCUCCUGGAUUGUUUACUUUUAAUAUUAUCUUAGACAAACACUGAAUUUCUUAGUUAAUAUUCUGUGAGCAUCUCAGAUGGGAAAGUUUCUUUAACAUUUCUAGUCUAUUCAUCAAAUUAAAUCAAAUAAAAAUUGACGAUUCUAAUUCAUUUACAUAAAAAAUUGCAAACAUCAUCCUUUGUUCUUAAUUUUUUCACAGACGAGACAAUUCUGUUUGUUUAGUUGCAACAAUUAAUGUUGACGAUUUUUUCAGACACAUUUAUAUUUGGGGUUCACAUCAGGAAUACAUAUUAAGUUCUCAUUUAAUCCUGCUGACGGACCAGUUGACAUAUUCUGUUUAAAUAAAGUUCAGUAACAAACGUCACCUUCCGACCUUUAUUAAUUUUAAAUGUAGUGGAUGACUUCAAAACUUUGAUUCAUGACUUGUAUAAUGCAGUUAUCUGAUAAGAUACUAUUUCAAAAAUAAACAAUAUGUUUGUACAACAAAAUUAUUAUCAACUAAAUUCUUGCCACUACAUUCAAAAAAAAACAAACAAGAGUUGCCUUCAGUUUAAAACGGUAUGCAAAACAUUCUGCUAAUGGUAUCUGCAUGAUGAAUUGAAAGCUCCAGUCCAAUCACACAAAUUAGAUAAACUAUCAACAACUUCACUGAUUCAUUUCAUUGUCAUUAGUUCAUUUCUAGGCAAUAGGUCUACUUCUCAUCUGAUUUUGCCGCUUUCAUGCAAGGUAACACAUUUGAUAAUCAAUGGUAGCUUAUAAUUACAUUAUGUAAUAUAUAUUUUUAAUAAAAUUUUCACUCAAUCUUA